CGUAAUAAACAUUUAAUUACAUACGAGCCUACUUAAAGAAUAUCUUAAAGUACUAACGUUCUAUUUAAGUCAUGUCUAACACAAAAGAAGAACCAGCUGUGUUAGCUCUGCAAUGCUUUCAAAAGAAGGAGUACAAUGGAACUCUGCAGCACUUAUCAGAGCUGGACACCCUCACAGGAGGCGCCAACCGACGCGUACAGCACAACAAGAUAGUCGCCGAGUUCAUGGCUGGCGACAUGAAGGAUAUUGACAAGUACAAGAAAGCCAUCACACAGUUUUUAGGAGUCACUUACCCCGACAUUGAAGUGAAAGAUUUUAGUAUUCCUUUUGCCGUCUACAACUAUGCUGUGUUGCUGUACCACUCGCGCUACUACUACCAGUGCGCUGUUCUGCUUGAGAAGCUACUCACGUCUGUCAAGACUAUUAAAGACAAGAAAUUAGUCCAGCAAAUCGUCCUGUUGUUGUUGGAAGCUACCUUGUGCCGACGCACUUACGAUAAAACACUAGAAGUGGCCAAGACCCACGGGGAGGUUGUGAAAGGGUCAGAGUCCAGUGACCUGCUGGACCGGCAGGUGGCGCGCGCGCAGCUCCUCCUUGGCAGUAAGGAACCUUUGAACCUGAAACCGGACACCAUUGAAAAUGUCUUCAUUCUCGCUCAACAGUUGUACUUGAAUGGAGAUGCCAAAGAAGCAGUGAACAUGCUGGCAAAAUACAAGGAAAUCAAGUACAAUUAUGAUUUAAAAACACAGGGUGAAGAGAUCUGGGCAGCCAUAAACAACAAUUUGGGCAUUGUUUAUGUGUCAGCCAACAAGCCAUAUCUUGCAUCUAAAUACUUCCAAGUGGCUAUUAAAGAGCAUUUCAGGGUGAUGGAGAAUGAGGACAGUGAGAGGCUCAUCACUUGUAGAGACCGACCGCUGUAUGUGUACAACCUGGGCAUAGCCCUGCUGGCAGCCAACAAUGCAGAAGGAGCAUUUGAAUGUCUGGUGGAGGCGGCUCGGCACUACCCCAACAACCCACGCAUCUGGCAGAGGCUGGCCGACUGCUGCGUGAAGAAAUGCUGCAGCGAUGAAGCCCAGCAGUUCACUGUGAAGAAACUGGGCAGCGGCUCUCACACCCGCGUCUUGCUAGCCAGGGAGAACAAAGAGAAAUACUCAACAACAGGGGAAUCCUUUGCUAUACCAUCACUGUCACUAGAAUUUGCAGCGUUAUGCCUCAGAAAUGCUGUGACAUUGCUGCCAAACCAGGACCCACCUGCAGAUGUUGAUGCUCCAUUGAUACAGGCACCUCCUAGUGUACCCAUCAGCUGGAAGCAGCGGUGUGAGCUGAAGAACUCAGUACUAGUCCUUCAGAGCUAUGUACUACUCAACCUGCAAGAUCCCCUGUCAGCUCUCACCAGUGCCAAUGAGCUGCUAGCCCAGCCCGACGUGGCCAAUGACCACAAGGCCUGGGCUCACAUCUACGCAGCAGAGGCUCUCAUCAAUUUAGAUAGAAUAUCUGAUGCAGUUGAGCAUUUGAACCCUCCAAUGAUUCACGAAUUAGUCAGUGUCCUACCGCCUCAGAUGAGGGAUAUAAUUGGGGUGUCAGUAUGGGCCAAAGCUGCUGUCUGCCACAUCCUGAGAGGAGACCUGGUGACCGCCAGGAAGAUCCUGCUGCAGAUCAACUCCCCGAGGGUGCUUCCACUGCAGAUGUACUUGGAAAUCUGUACUGGUAACAUUGAGAACUGUCACGCGAUACUCAGGAAACUUAGGCAUUCUAAUGUAUCCUAGAAAUUAUUUAUGUUAUGAAUUUUGGUGGCAAUAAAUAAAAGAUGCUUUA